GCAUUACACCCCUCCAAGUCCAGGCUCAGCCCAGCCAGACAGCUCCUCACGGUGUAAAUGAGGACAAUGCCCGCUGGCCCACGUGGGGAGGGGAUGUAGAGUGCAGCGGCGCCAGCCACACCUGGCACCAUGGACGAUGCCGCGGUCCUAAGGAAGAAAGGUUACAUCGUGGGCAUCAAUCUUGGUAAGGGCUCAUAUGCAAAAGUCAAAUCUGCCUACUCUGAGCGCCUCAAGUUCAACGUGGCGGUCAAGAUCAUCGACCGCAAGAAGACACCCACCGACUUUGUGGAGAGAUUCCUUCCUCGGGAGAUGGACAUCCUGGCAACCGUCAACCACCGCUCCAUCAUCAAGACGUACGAGAUCUUUGAGACCUCUGAUGGCCGCAUCUACAUCGUCAUGGAGCUCGGGGUCCAGGGCGACCUCCUCGAGUUCAUCAAGUGUCGGGGAGCGCUGCACGAGGACGUGGCUCGUAAGAUGUUCCGCCAGCUCUCCUCGGCUGUCAAGUACUGCCACGAUCUGGACGUUGUCCACAGAGAUCUCAAGUGCGAGAACCUCCUCCUCGACAAGGACUUCAACAUCAAGCUCUCUGACUUUGGCUUCUCCAAGCGCUGCCCGCGGGAUGGCAGUGGCCGCAUCAUCCUCAGCAAGACCUUCUGUGGGUCGACGGCUUAUGCAGCGCCUGAGGUGCUGCAGGGCAUCCCCUACCAGCCCAAGGUGUAUGACAUCUGGAGCCUGGGCGUGAUCCUCUACAUCAUGGUCUGUGGCUCCAUGCCCUACAAUGACUCUGACAUCAAGAAGAUGCUGCGCAUCCAGAAGGAGCACCGCGUGGACUUCCCCCGCUCCAAGAACCUGACGGGUGAGUGCAAGGACCUCAUCUACCGAAUCCUGCAGCCGGACGUCAACCGGCGACUGCACAUUGAUGAGAUUCUCAGCCACUCAUGGCUGCAGCCCUCCAAGCCCAAAGCCAUGUCUUCUGCCUCUUUCAAGAGGGAGGGUGAGGGCAAGUACCGGACCCAGUGCAAACUGGACACCCGGCCAGCCUCUCGCCCCGAGCACCAGCCCGAACACCUGCCUGACCACAAGGUGGGGGCCAAAACCCAGCAUCAGCUGCUGGUGGUGCCUGAGAAUGAGGACAGGGUGGAGGACAGGCUGGCUGAGACCUCCAAGGCAAAAGAUCAUCAUGUCACUGGAGCCGAGGUGGGGAAAGCAAGCACCUAGCGGUGCUAAGGGCCCUGGGGGCGUGGUGCAUGGUGUGCACCCACAUAAACUAAAUAGGCAGGUAGGAGCUGAAGAAGGCACAGGUGCAAGGAACAAAUAAAAUCUGUCAAUUAAACCAC